AUUUCGUUUAUUACAAUUUGCUCUGCAACAUGACGACUCCAGGACCCACUGAACGCGGGCUUUUACAUAUGAAACGUAUGACCAUGGUUUGCACAGCAGUAGCUCGCAGUUUCUUUCAGGAUUUGCAAACUUGCAAGGUUCUUGAUUGCUGAUGUUUAAGCAGCCGUUCAGGGCUUUCGUAGCAAUCGGCGGGGACCGCGGCGGGACCCAACGCGGCGUCGGCUGAAGCGGUGGCGGAUGUUCGCCUGGCCCUCGAUAGCGAUUGGUGCCGUCCGCCUGGCGGCCGGCGGUGGAGGACCCCGCCACACUCAAGUAGAUAUAAUGGAGCGGUCAGACAAGCCACCUGCUCCCGGCGUCACCGCCAACCCGCCCGCUGGCAGUGCCGGCGCGGGUGGUGCGCCGGCGGAGGUUCCCUCCACCGAGGGGCAGGCUGGCACGCCAGGGCGGCUGAGCACCGCAGGAGUUGAGCGGCGGGGUAAGGGCCCGGCUGCAGGUGUCGGCGUGUCGCCCCGCCCCAACUUCCGGUCCCUCACCCCGCUGCUCAACUCAGCUGCUCAGCCGCCCUGGCGUGCCGGCCUGCCCCUCGGUGGAGGGGACCUCCGCCGGCGCACCGCCCACCGGCACCAGCGGGCGGGUUAGCGGUGACGCCUGGAGCAGGCGGCCUGUCUGAUCGCUCCAUUAUAUCUCUUGUACACUAAAAAUGCGGCCCGUAGUUGCGAGGAGGGUGUGAUAUGCAGAUGCAGCAGGGUGCCUGUGAUGGCGAAAGUGGAGGGCCACUAGGUCUCACCACGGUGCGCGCCGAUACCGCCUGGAUUGCAAGAGGCCCGGCCUGGAUUGCAAGAGGCCCGGCCUGGAUUGCAAGAGGCCCCACCUGGAUUGCAAGAUGCCAAGCCGGCGGCAGUUUGGUAAGUCGUGUCAGCCGACGGGUUGCGCAUGUAUGCGCCAACGGCCCUCGCUGGAGGUGGAGGCCGGAAGUGACGGCGCGAGGCCGUGUUGCGCACGCACGGUGUCUACGUGGUCGACAUAACUGGGAUGCAAGGCUCCCUGGAUGCAGGGCGGGGGGGUCAACAACAUCCGGAUGCAAGGCUGGCCGUAGGCAGGGGGGGAGCAUGGGUGUAUGGCACGCACGGGCGGUGCCCCCUUGCGCUCAUGGGUGCGCUUUGGGUCGAAGCCGAUACAGCGCUCAAGCGCCCGCUGCAGUGCGCGUGUACGCACGUGCAACCUGGCGCAGCGUUCCACGGGGCUUUGACAGGUUGACAUAGGCAGGGUGCUCGCGUGCCGGAUGCCCGACCGGUUU